AGUAAAUUCACAAGCUACCCUGCCGUAUACAAAGUAAUUUAAAUUAGCUAUACCUUUAUCAGCUGUGAUAACAUUUGAAUGCAUCAAUAAUUAUAAUCAGAACAUAGAAUAUAUAUUAUUCUGCUAGGGCAAUUUGCACAAUGAGUACUUUUACUUUUGGUAUUGUAAGUUUACUUGAAUGCUUAUACUUUUGUACUUUUACUGGAGUAACAUGUUAAACGCAGGACUUUUACUUGUAACAGAGUAUUCCUACACUCUGGUACUUCUUCUUUUACUUAAGUACAAUAUCUUACUACUUGUCCCACCCUCCAAUGCUAAACACAUUGUUGUGUCUGCUCAGCUUCUGAAGUUGUGAAGUGGUACUAAAACCUGUGAUUGACAGGACAUUCGCUACCAAAGACGCUACAGACAGAGGAGGAAGGCGGAGCUGGUGAAGCUCCAGCAGACUCUGACAGCUCUCAACUCCAAAACAGCCUUCUACCAGGACCAGAUGAACUAUUAUGAUACUUACAUCAAGACCUGCCUGGACAACCUCAACAGAAAGAAUGCACGCAGAUCUAUAAAGCUGGACAGCAAAGGAGAAAAUAAGGGCAGCAAGAAGUGGAAGCCCCAGUCUCUGAAGUACACUGGAGCAAGGCUUCAUGAGAAGGGAGUCAUCCUGGAGAUAGAAGGACUUCAGACCAACCAGUUCAAAAAUGUCAUGUUUGACAUUUCACCCACUGAGGAAGUUGGAGAUUUUCAAGUGAAGGCCAAAUUUAUGGGAGUUGAGAUGGAAAAAGUCCAGCUUCAUUUCCUGGACCUCCUUCAGCUGCAGUACAAAGGCGUGGCCGUCAUGAAGAUGUUCGACAAAGCCAAAGUCAACGUCAAUUUACUCAUCUUCCUCCUAAAUAAAAAAUUCUAUGGAAAAUGACAAAGUGAAGGGAGGAAAAGCAACAAAGAGGAAACAGAUUGUGCCUUCUGAUUGUGCUGAGCUUGUGGAACAAAAUUAAUUCAGCCAGAUAACACGAGAUGGGGCAGGACAGUGUUUUGUAUUGUACCCUCCUCUUAUAAUUUUAAGGAUCACACCAAAAUCUAAUGCUGUUGUCCAACUUAAUGUAUCAGCUCUGUAUUUUUUCAUGUGGUAAUUGUAAAUGUAAUGUAUUUUUAAGAUUUAAAUUGUAAUGAUAUUCAUGUUUUGUAUGUAAAAACUGUCCCAUGUAUGUUGAAACAACUGUGGAUUAGUUCAGAAAUCCAGCUGGGGAGCAGAUUUUCAGCCGGCCUGUAUCAUUCUAUAAAAUACUGUAGUUUACCACAGUGCCUUUUAAUUAAAGUGUGUAAAGAAACAUGUUUUAAUAAAUAAAACAUCAAAAAUAUUUAAAAGCUA